AUGGGUAUAGGGGUUUUCCCAAGGAGCGCUGUGAUAAUUUCCGGUAUCAUGUUUAGGGGAUCAGUCUCUGCGGCAGAAUUUGGGGUAGUCCUCAAUUACAUCAUGCUUACAGUAUCCAUAGAAAGAGUACAGUAUUACACUGAGUUACCCCCCGAGGCAUCUCCUACGACACCUUCCGAUCCUGGACCUCUCCAAAUCUGGCCAGACAAAGGUGCAAUUUCAUUCAGUCAAGUCAAGUUACGCUAUCGACCGGAACUUCCGUUGGUGUUGAACGACAUCACAUUUUCUGUUCAGCCUGGUGAGAAGGUCGGAGUGAUUGGCAGGACAGGUGCAGGGAAAAGUAGUAUUGCCCAAGCGCUAUUCAGGACGGUUGAGAUCUGCGGUGGGACGAUACAUAUCGAUGGUGUCGAUCUGAAGACUUUGGGUUUAGACACCUUGAGACAAAGAUUGUCCAUAAUUCCACAAGAUGCUUUCCUCUUUGGGGGUACCGUCAGGGAUAAUAUAGAUCCCACUAGCUCGUUCCCCGAUGAUCGACUGAAUGAUGCGCUCAAUCUCAUUCAUCGGGACUGUCAUUGUUCACCGACACUACGAGAUAAGUUGAGGUUGGACACGAUCGUCGCGAAUGAGGGGUCCAAUUUCAGUGCGGGUGAAAAACAACUACUGGCACUUCUUCGAGCUCUAGUGAAGGGAUCCAAGGUUCUAUUGCUGGAUGAGGCUACUUCCUCGGUGGAUCCGGAGACAGAUGCGUUGAUACAACGAAUCAUCCAAACUGAAUUCAUGGAUGUGACUUUGAUCUCGAUCGCACAUCGGCUGCAGACUGUGGCAUACUAUGACAGGAUUCUGGUCAUGGAGGAAGGGCGAGUUGCAGAAUACGAUGAACCUCUCAUAUUAUUCGAUAAUCCGAAUUCCGUUUUCAGAAGCUUGUGCGACAAGAAGAAUGUAACGAGAGAGGAACUAUUGAGAAUCCGAGCCAACGCAGCCAAAUGA